CAUUUCAACCCGCCACUUUACAGCGAUUGCCUUAAUUUUCGGAUCAAAGAGAUCUACACUCUCAUCGUCGAUAACCUCUCGACGAAAUCGUCGGAAGUCAAACCUAAACUCCGAUGACGUCGGCCGGCGAAGGAAGCGGAGGUGGAAAAGGAGAAGCAGAAGGAGGAGAAGGAGAAGGAAAGCGGCUGGAUCGUCUGCCGGAGGCUCUUGUCUGCUCGAUAAUGUCAAAGCUCGACGUGGGUUCCAUCUGCUCUGCCGCUUCCACUUGCAGAGCGUUCAGAGCUUCCGCUUCUCAAAUAUUCGCUUUCAUCCCCAGCUUCCACCUUCUGGAGAUUGCCCUUUCCAUUGAUAUAUUGAGGCGUUUGUUGCCACCAAACCCUUAUCUUAGAAGCUUGAAACUUGAUUGCGAGCGGCUGGAUGAUUCGGCCAUCAGUUUACUAGCUCAGCCUGCCUUGCAGGAGUUGUAUGUGCACAACUGCUCUGAUUUUACUGGGAAAUUGCUUUGUGGAAUUGCUUCGAACUGUGCAGAUUUGAGGUGUCUCUACUUGGGUUCAGUGGCCGAAAAAAGAAGCAGAGCCAUUCAUAUAUCUGAUUUGGGGGACUUACUCAGUUGUUGCAAGCAGUUGGAAGCACUCGUGUUGAUGUUUGAUGUCUCAUUAAUCUCUGGUCAUGAUUUUGCCCCGAUUUGGGCGUCGGCAUCUCAGAAACUCGAAUGUCUGGAGAUUGGCUAUGUGUCCUCGGUCAUGGUAACUGAACUGCUUGCCCCAAAUCUAGCUCCCAAAUCUUCAAACUCACUUCACCCAUCCAUUCUCCCUGGGAUUCAGAAACUUAUCCUUUCAGUCGACUCCAUCACAGACACUAUGGUUGGAACAAUAUCAAGUGGCCUAUUGUCCUUAACCCACCUCGACCUCCGAGACGCACCCUUCAUGGAACCAACAAUCGUAACUGAUCUCACCAACCUUGGCCUCGAGCUUGUCAAUCAGCACGGCAAGCUGAAACAUUUGUCUCUAAUCCGAAGUCAGCAGUACCUCAUCACAUACUUCCGAAGGGUCAACGAUCUUGGGUUACUCAUGAUGGCCGAUAAGUGUACAAACUUGGAAAGCAUAUCACUUGGAGGCUUCUGUCGUGUCACGGAUUCCGGGUUCAAAACAAUCCUUCAUUCAUGCUCCAGACUAUACAAGCUCAAAGUCUGUCAUGGGACACACUUGACAGAUCUCGUGUUCCAUGACAUCUCAGCUACUUCCCUCUCUCUGAUUCAUGUCAGCUUGAGAUGGUGUUACCUUCUCACGAACCACGCGAUAGGGAACUUGGUCUCCAACGCGCAGAUCAAAGUACUCGACUUGCGUGAAUGCAAGAGCCUCGGUGAUGAAGCCCUCAAAGCUAUCGGUACUCUUCCCGAGUUGAAAACCUUGAGGUUGGAUGGUAUGGAUAUAAGUGACUUCGGAUUGUCUUCUCUCAGGGAAAGAGUCAUCAAGUCUCUGACUUCAUUGUCCUUGAGAGGAUGCAAGAGGCUCACUGAUAGAGCCAUCUCGGUUCUCUUCAAAGAUGCAUCAAAUCUAGAGCUGCGGGAGCUGGAUCUUUCGAACAUCCCCAGUCUCUCCGACGAAGGGAUUCUGUCUCUAGCAAGGAGUCGGGUUCCCGUCUCGGAGCUUCGUAUUAGACAGUGCCCUCUCAUCGGCGAUACAUCUGUGAUGGCACUGGCGUCGAUGCAGGUGGAUGACGACCAGCGACAUGGUAACUGUUUGCGGCUGUUGGAUAUCUACAACUGCGGCGGCAUUACGCAGCUGGCAUACAAGUGGUUGAAGAAUCCAUACUUUCCAAGGCUGAGAUGAUUGGGAAUUGCAGGGAGUGUGAACAGAGAUAUUAUAGACGCUCUAGCCAGGAACAGACCUUUCCUGCGAGUGACGUGUCAUGGCGAGGAGAUCGGGCCAGAGCAGUGGGAUAAUGUGGACGGCAGUUAUGCACAAGAGUUCGACGAAGUCGAUGGGAUCGGAGGGUGGCUCAUUGGAGAAGGCGGUGAGCACGUUCUUCACAUGCUGGAAGAUGGAGAUGAUAUGAUGCUAGGGUAAAAGCCUUGACACAGCAUAUGACUUUUCACUUGUGUUGUAUAUAUUUCGUUUCAUGUGGUCUGUUGUAGACUUGUUUAUAUGUGUGGAACCUCUGCCAGUAGAUGCUGUGUCCCAUAGCUGUUUGUUGUUGUUCUGCUGUAGUUCUUGAGGCUUGUUAUCACUCGGUUAUUCACCAUGACUAAUCUUUCAUUACCGUCGUUGCUUGAAGUUGUAAACAACCAAAUAGUGCUCUGCUAAACCACUAUUUUGCUAGCAUAUCGAUACAACUUUCGGUACGAUGUUACAUGUCAAUCGCCCACGUCGUCAACCACGGUUCUUUCGGUU